CAUUAACUGCUGAACAUUGGUUCACAGGCUCCAAGGAAACCAGCAGUGCUUCCCUGGUGCCAUUCAUGUUAGGAGCCAAGCAGGAACUUCCCAGAUGUUCAGAUUUUGACCUGCUAACCUACUUCAGAUACAAGAUGAGAGCCUCACUCUUUGCCCCUGAAAGCUGCGGAUGGGAUUGCAUCUAAUAACCUGAUGUCCUGAAAGAGUGAGGAAGGCCUUGGGGGUACCAAACCAGUGUGAAACAAACACAAAGCACCAAUGAUUUCGACCAGGAAAGAGAGCUUGCCCUCUCCCAGCCUGGAGGACUCCUUCUUCCCCUUCUCCUCGUCAACGCCCUCCAGGCAUCGCAUCAUGGGCCGAGGGGUCAGGCCAGAUGACCUGUUGGCCUCCCCCGAGGGCGACUGCAGCCCCACCAUGCUGGAGAAGGACCUGAUCCUGGCGGCUGAAGUGGGCCAGGCCCUGCUGGAGAGGAACGAGGUGCUAGAAGCUCAGUUGGAGCAGAUGAGGAGAGACAUGGAGGCCUUACAGCAAGAGAAACACAUGUUGCAGCGCCACUUAGAGGUGCAAGAACUGGAGGCAGGGCAGAAGGAGGCAGAGCUACAGGCUGACAUCACAUCUCUACAUGAGCAGCUGGAUCAGAAGCACUGUCAGGGCCGCGAUCGGCGCCGUGAGGAGAGCGAGCAGCUGGCCCAGUUGUCUGCUCACAACCAGAAACUGGUGGAGCAGCUUGCAGAGGCGGUGUCUUUGGAGCACUCUUUGCGUCUUGAGCUGCGCUCUUUAAAAGAAGAGAUGGAGGACACAAGUUUCAGCCGGUCGUUAAGCUCAGCUCGGUUGGACAGCCUGCAAGCCGAGAACAAAGUUCUACAGGAGCGCUUUUCUAAUAUGGACCAGCAGCUGAAGUCCACGGAGGAGGACAACGAGAGGAUGAGGACUGAGAGGGAUGCACUGCGAGAGAGAGUCCUCGAACUGCAGACCAACCUGAAAGAAAAGGAGUCUGAGCUGGAACAGGAACACAGUGUGGUGUUCCAGCUGCGCACCAUGAAUCGGAGCCUCCAGCAGAGGGUGCAGGCUCUGGGGGAGGAGGCCAGCCUCGGAGAGACCGCGUGCUUCCCUCUGUCCCUCCAGAAUGAACUCCAGCAGUCACAGGCUAAAGAAACUAUCUUGGCCCACUCUGCCAUCUUACAAGUGAAAGAGGAGGAGAUUCAGAGGCUGAUUAAAGAGCUGGAGACCAGCCAAGCUGAAUUAGAAACACUGAGAGAAGACUUGAAGCCAUUCCGCAAUUCUCCUGGCAAACCAACGUACAGUGCUCUGGAGGAAGAGAUCAUUCUAGCUCGGAAGGAACGAGACACCCUCAACCAGCAGCUCCUGAACACCAUCAAACACAAGGUGGCGCUGUCUCAGGAGGUGGAGUCGUGGCAGGAGGACAUGCGGCUAGUGAUAUGUCAACAGGUGCAGCUCCAAGAGCAAGAGAGGCAAAGAGAGAAGGAGAAGGAAAAAACACAAUCACCAUUCCAAAGAGGCAGUCGCACAAGCAAAUCUCUUCGUUUAUCAAAAGAGGAGGGGAAGAAAAGCUUUUUCUCCUCUCUUUUUGGUGUGGAAUGAACUUUAGAUGGAAAGAGUAAAGUACAUGAAACUACUGUAAGAGCAUUUUCCUACAAUUUGUUAUUGUUGUUGUUGUUGUUGUUGUUGUUGUUGUUGUUUGGGGGUGUAAAUAAGACAUAUAGACUAAAUAUAGUAUAUUUUGGCAUGAAAUUUAUCAUUUGUUCAUAUUCAUUUGCAAGUAUUGCAUCUGUCACAUAAAUGUUUAAUAUCAAAACAA